CGGUAGGUGUGUCCUCAAAAUGGGUGAGUUUCUAGGCUCGCAUGGUCCGCUGAAUGUACGUAGUGACGGUACCGAAAGACCACCACUGUUACUGGCUAGGAGAUAAAUGUAUUGGCCACCGCACGUACGCCGCGUUCCUCCAUCUACUCACCUGCAUUGUAUUGCUCUCUGUUACAUCGCCGUCCUGUGUGUACAAGCGGUGUACUUCGCCUUCACCAACCCACUAGCCAUCGUACGUGUCUAGCGCCCGGCGUCCGUAAGUACCAGCAGUUCACCAUCCUAAUCCGUCGCGCAGGACGAGAACACACCACUGCACGACAUAUACCUCGCAUUUUAUGGAAUCGUCAUGGCCCUCGUGUUCGGGUCUUUUGGAUGUACCACAUAUACCUCACGACGUGCGUGCGCUUCCAGAUGGCGUGCUCACUGCUCAUCCCCACCUGACUUCCCCUCCCCUAUACAUACGCACAGGACGAACCAGACGACGCUCGAGAACGUGUCCCCCUUCCUCCUCCUCCGCCAUCUCCCGCCGCUCCCGCGCUC